AUGGGGGUUUCUCUUCGCCACUUGUCUCCUUCCUCUUUCUGGGUUUCGCGUCGUCCUCGCGUUUCUUCUUCAAUUCUUUCUUUUCUUGUGCCUCGCCGUCGAAUCCUUUGCACCAGGAGAAUAGCCAUCACAAAGGGAAAUGCCGGAUAUUCCACUGCUACUGAUUGUGGUGGUUCCCAUGGGUUUCAGCAUUCAGGUGGUCAUCAACGGUCAUCCUCUGUUCAUUUUAGUGGAGAGUGGAAGCUUAAUUUGGGAUCUAACACGGCGAGAAUGGUACCACCAACUGUGAAACAAGCUGGAGCUGUAAGUGCUUGGAGGGAGGAAGUCAAUGAUAAGUUAAGAGGAAGAAAUGGCGAACAUGCUAACAACCAGGAUGAUGCUUUUGGUAAUUAUUUCAGAGGCUUUGUCCCCAAAUUAGAUGAUGUCCAAUCCUAUGGAAACGGCCAGAACUUUGAUUACAAUCUGAAGCCUGGAACUGAUAUUACCACACUUGGUAGAGAAUUGAAUGGCUUUAUGCAAACGAAUAGUGUUAGAGGGCCGGUUAUAGCAUUACCAAGCAAGGAUAUUGAGGUUGGGGGGAAAACAGACGUGACUCUGAAAGGAGACGAGGAUGCACAUGGAAAACGAAAACCUCUUAACAGUGAUACGUCUCUUGACAGUGCAAGCUAUAAGGAAAUAGCAACCAUUUCCAUUUCCAAUGUGGAAAAAUGCACCAACCUGUCGAAAGUCCGAGCAAACCUCAAGAAAAUAUAUAAUAGGGUUCUUGUUGUUGAUAAUGUGUCUAGUGCAAAGGAAACCGUGGCUAUGCUGAUGAAUCAAUAUAGGAAUCUUGUCCAUGCUUGCGAUACAGAGGUGUCCAGGAUUGAUGUGAAGACUGAAACACCUGUGGACCAUGGGGAGAUGAUAUGUUUCAGUAUCUAUUGUGGAUCAGAAGCAGAUUUUGGAGACGGAAAAUCAUGUAUCUGGGUAGAUGUGCUUGGCGAAAAUGGAAGGGAUAUCUUGGCUGAGUUUAAGCCAUUUUUCGAGGACUCAUCCAUAAAAAAAGUAUGGCAUAACUACAGCUUUGAUAACCACAUCAUCAGAAAUUAUGGAAUCAAGCUUUCUGGUUUUCAUGGUGAUACGAUGCACAUGGCACGAUUGUGGGAUUCAUCUAGACGGAUAUCGGGUGGUUAUUCGCUCGAAGCACUUACAAGUGACCCAAGAGUUCUUGGGGGAACUGAGACAAAGGAGGAAGCAGAAUUAUUUGGUAAAAUAUCAAUGAAGAAAAUUUUCGGUAAGGGAAAAUUGAAAAAAGAUGGAUCAGAAGGGAAAUUGGUGAUCAUUCCUCCUGUUAAAGAGCUACAAAUGGAGGAUCGAGAAGCUUGGAUUUCCUACUCGGCGUUGGAUUCGAUAAGCACUCUAAAGCUUUAUGAGAGCAUGAAGAAGCAAUUGCAAGCGAAGAAAUGGUUUCUUGAUGGAAAUCUAAUUUCAAAACAGAACAUGUUUGAUUUCUACCAAGAAUAUUGGCAACCUUUUGGUGAACUUCUUGCCAAAAUGGAAUCGGAAGGAAUGCUUGUAGAUAGGGAUUAUUUGGCGCAGAUUGAGAUUGUAGCCAAAGCAGAACAAGAAAUUGCUGUUUCCAGGUUCCGUAGUUGGGCUUCAAAGCAUUGUCCAGAUGCGAAGCAUAUGAAUGUUGGCAGUGACACGCAAUUGCGACAGCUCUUUUUUGGUGGCAUUUCUAACAGUUGUAAUGAUGAGGAUCUUCCAUAUGAAAAACUUUUCAAAGUUCCCAAUGUGGAUAAGGUGAUUGAAAAAGGAAAAAAGAGAGCCACAAAGUUCCGGAAUAUCAAACUACAUAGGAUUAGCGACAGGCCCUUGCCCACUGAAAAGUUCACUGCCUCAGGCUGGCCCUCUAUUAGUGGAGACACCUUGAAAGCCUUAGCUGGGAAAGUCUCUGCAGAAUAUGACUAUACAGAGGGCGUUUCAGAUACUUGUCUAGAAGAAAACAUUGGAGAUGAUGAUUGUAUUUCGCUACCAGAUGAAGUUUUAGAAACACAACACUCCAAUACCACUGUUGAAUCAGACACAUCUGCUUAUGGAACUGCGUUUGAUGCGUUUGGAGGGGGUGAAAGUGGAAAGGAGGCCUGCCAUGCUAUUGCUGCAUUAUGUGAAGUUUGCUCCAUUGAUUCCUUAAUAUCAAAUUUUAUUCUUCCUUUACAGGGAAGUAAUGUGUCAGGAAAAGAUGGUCGUGUCCACUGCUCCCUGAAUAUUAACACUGAAACUGGGCGCUUAUCGGCUAGAAGGCCAAAUUUGCAGAACCAACCUGCAUUGGAGAAAGAUCGGUACAAGAUCCGUCAGGCCUUCAUAGCAUCACCUGGAAAUUCACUUAUUGUUGCUGAUUAUGGACAGCUGGAACUUAGGAUUCUGGCACAUCUUGCUAGUUGCAAAAGCAUGAAGGAAGCUUUCAUAGCUGGUGGAGACUUUCACUCAAGAACAGCUAUGAAUAUGUAUCCACAUAUUCGUGAAGCAGUUGAAAAUGGUGAAGUGCUCCUUGAAUGGCAUCCACAACCUGGACAAGAGAAGCCACCAGUGCCAUUGUUGAAGGAUGCCUUUGCUUCUGAGAGAAGAAAAGCAAAGAUGCUUAACUUCUCGAUUGCAUAUGGGAAGACUGCUAUUGGGCUGUCUAGAGAUUGGAAGGUAUCAAUAGAAGAAGCUCAAGAUACAGUUAAUCUCUGGUAUAAUGACAGACAAGAAGUCCGGAAAUGGCAAGAACUACGCAAGAAAGAAGCUAUACAAAAUGGGUAUGUACUCACUUUGUUGGGAAGGGCUCGUAAAUUCCCUGUAUACCGUUCACGUGCCCAAAAAAACCAUAUCGAACGAGCAGCAAUCAACACUCCUGUUCAGGGAAGUGCGGCUGAUGUUGCUAUGUGCGCUAUGCUGGAGAUAUCAAAAAAUCAACGUCUAAAAGAGCUUGGUUGGAAAUUGCUUCUUCAAAUUCAUGAUGAAGUAAUCUUGGAAGGACCAAGUGAGUCAGCGGAGAACGCUAAAGACAUAGUUGUGAACUGCAUGUCUGAGCCCUUCAACGGCAAGAAUAUUCUCUCAGUGGACUUAUCUGUUGAUGCUAAGUGUGCUCAGAACUGGUAUGCUGGAAAAUAAGAGGAAAAUAGGGACAAAAAUCUUGCUACUGAAAGUUAACAAUGAGGCAGUGCUUGAGAGGUUUUUUGUUUGUCUCAUUGACUCUGUUCAU